GGCAAGCGCCACUUCUUCGUGGGACUUGCCCAGGUUGAUUUGGUCCUCUUAUUUUUUUUUUAAUUAUUUGAGGGCAGUUGAACAGACAUGUCUUCACCAACGAGUUCGAAAGAUAGCCUUUCUUCCGACGAGGAUGUUCGACCGCAAGCGAUGGCAAAGGAGCGGAAAAUUCAAGUGUCAAGUCUACCUUUUAGCGUGGAAGCUUUGAUGUCGGACAGAAAGACGCACUGUGAAUUUACAGGGAAAAACGAGGGACCUUUGCUAGGCACAGCUAGGACGCACAAUUCCUUAUCAAUCUCCAGAGAUUCGUAUAGUCCAGAUGGAUUUCCAAAGCACUUUGUCCCCACGUCGCCCGUUAAAUCAGAGGCAUCAGAGCAGGACGACUGCGCACCUUGGGUAACAAGCCCAAGGUUCUCCCCGCCACCAAGGCAGCUGAGUCCCAGCACCUGCCCCCUGAGGAAGCACAAGACCAACCGCAAGCCCCGCACCCCGUUCACCACCUCACAGCUCCUCGCCCUGGAACGCAAGUUCAGGCAGAAGCAGUACCUGUCCAUCGCUGAGAGGGCCGAGUUCUCCAGCUCCCUCAACCUGACCGAGACCCAGGUGAAGAUCUGGUUCCAGAACCGGCGGGCGAAGGCCAAGAGGCUCCAGGAGGCCGAGCUGGAGAAGCUGAAGAUGGCCGCCAAGCCCAUGCUGCACCCGGGCUUCACGUUACCCUUCCCCCUGAGCUCCCCGCUCCAAUCGGCUGCCUCGCUCUAUGGACAGUCCUACUCCUUUCACAGGCCUGUGUUGCCCAUCUCGCCCGUCGGACUAUAUGCCGCGCCUGUGGGGUACAGCAUGUACCACCUGUCGUGAAGCGAACCUGUUUGAGAACGGGUGUCAUGGACCCGCCGGUCUUCACAACAUCUCCUUUACCCAAAGACAGUCCACAUGUUGUCUGCAUGAUAUAAAUACAAAACACGCCAGGAGGACAGACACAUCGCAUUCCAGCAACAACAUGUCCCGAACUGCGGUCUCUUUUGCGCAUUACCAAACUCGUCAUGUAUUAAAGGUAACAUGACUUUCCGAAGUCUAUGUGUAUUCUGAGGAUGGAUGAUCAAGGUUUGUCACAUGGAGGCCCUCUCUCUACAUCUAUUUAUUUAUGUCCAUCAAAUUUUUCCUAUGGCAAAUUUGUUUUUUCUUGCACUUUUACUCCAGGUAGUUACUGUAAAUGAUUUUGUCAGUUGAGUCCUUCUUUAACAGGAAAUCUCUAAGCAGGUUUAUCACAAAACUGUGUAUCUCUGUUGCUGGAAAGUCUUAUAUUUCUGUGCCAUGUGUAGCAGAGAUGCGUGAUUAUACAUAAAACGGAAGAUGCAACUGCACACUCAAAACUGACCACAAUAUACUUCAAACCAGUUCGGAGUGUACUCUGUUUUCACUGUGGUUUUAAAUGAGAUAAUAAGAUUUAUUGUUUAAGACUUUUAACAGCAAUUAAGUUUGUCAGACUUUUAGCUAGACAUAAGCAGAUGAUCCAACAAGAAGCAAGGCAUUUUAGUGAUGGUAUCUGCUACAUAUCGUACUUUAAGGGAGAAUUCAGUUCACCUACUUUGUGACACACUACACUUAACCCUGAGUGACGAAUUUAAACAAGUUUUUUGAACAUUUUUACAGAAUAUUUUAAUCUUAAUGACGGUGAAACUUGUAAAGAGUUGGUGCAAAGAGUUUACAAAAUGUAAUACUUAAAUUUGUUACUCAAAGUACAAGACAAAGUGGCGUAACAUUUAGAUUGAAUAUUCUCCUCUGUUUUCAGUUAAUUUCACAGUAACAGAUUCGGUGUGGUUAUUUCAUAUGCACACGUGCAAAUGCAUGUAUUUUUUGUUUUUUUGCAGCCAAUAGAAGUCAGCCCAGCACUUACUUGUAAUGAGAAAUCUAGCAACAAUUUUAUAACUCAUCAGGUAAAACUGCUGUUGUUUUUUAACUGAAUGAUUUUUUUUCUCAAAUUGAAUGUUGGAAAUGUAAUGGGACGAUUAAAGUUUUGUACUUAUAGCAUGCAGCGUAAACAUGAGAACACAUAGAGAAAUAUGUCAAAUACAUCAGAUCAUCAGAUUUGUAGCCUGGGUUCCUUUGAAAGGACCA